AUGGAACCGUUUAAUGUUACGCCGGAGCUGCGCGCCCUCUACCAACGGGCCAUCGAAAACGCUAGCAGUAUCACCGACAGUGAGAGAGCAGAGAUCCUACGAUCUCAACCGCCGCACAUCGAGAACCCGAUCAUCCAGGAAAAAUUCAAUUUACGCUCGAGACAAGAGCUUAUCGCGAAAGCCAAGGAUAAUCCCGAAUCUCUUACCCUGGAGGAGGCCGACUAUCUUGCGCCUCUGGACUAUCCUGGGCACUUCAUGGCCGAGGAGGAUAUCGAAUUGAUGUAUCAGGCGAGGGACGCAGUUACAUCGCCCGAUGAGGCUGCCGCCAUCAGGAACUGCUGGAAGAUAAAAGAUGAAGACAACCUUAAAGAGUCGGCCAAACGUCGAAGGAGACGGGAGUUGAUCCGGACUAUGAUGAAGGAGCCGCGAGCGAGAUGGGUACAGAAAAUCGUAGACGCUGGUCUCGACCAAUGGGGAUUUGUCUGCUUCCGGACGGCAUACAAGGCCGAGAAGGCCAGUGAUGCUGACUGGGAACUAUUCAAGGGGUACUAUCACGAAGCUGGAAGAGGGGUUUCACUCCUUUGGAGAGGUUUAGACGAACUCUGGCCUAGCCAUAUGAGCAUAUUUAUAUCCGACAUUACACUGGAGGGCUUCCAGCAACCUCCUUCGCGAACGCUUUGA